AUGCUUGAUUCCACCGUACUCGAUGGCAUUGGUUGGAAAGUAACAGGCGAUUUUGUCGCGCCCGAAUCGCACAAGCGGGGGCCAUUUUAUCCACGAUUCUCACAAUGUACUGUUACUUCGCAGCUAAACAAUGGUAUAAUGGAAGAGGGUGUUCCAAUUGGUGGUAUCGGAUGUGGAUCGAUAGGUACGGAUUUUCGUGGUGCUUUCAAUAAGUUUUCACUUUUACCGGGUAUUAAAGAGCAGUUUACAGAAAACAUCAAAGCUAACCAGUUUAUUCUCACUGUACAUUCGUCCGACGGAAAGGAAUUUAUUUACCAAACGCUUCUAUCUGCGGCCGACUUUGAUGAUUCUACGUUGUCUGACUGGUGCUCUCACGUUAAUGGCGAAGAUAUCAGAUAUCGAGGCCUUUUUCCUCGCGCAUGGCGUGAAUUCCGGAUAGCUGACCUUGACUUGACACUUAUAUGUGAACAGAUUUCGCCAAUUAUUCCACAUAAUUAUGAGGACAGCUCCUUUCCAGUUUGCAAUUUCUACUGGACCAUUAUAAAUGAAUCAAAAAACGAUUAUUCGAUAUCACUAACAUUCACGUUCCGGAACGGUACUGGAAAUCCAAAAUGGGACAAUGAAUCUGAGUGCGAAGCUAAUGAGUUGACGACGAAGUCCGCAGCGGGAAUGACAUUGAGCCAUUCAAUCAACUCGAUG